AUGCAUUCGGAUCGCCAGGCUUCUGAAGACCUAGAAAGGGUCAAUGCCUAUUUCCAACGACUCUCUACUAUCCUGAUUGAAGAGGGGAUUCCCCCGGAAGACAUCUGGAAUAUGGAUGAGACUGGAUUCCGUAUUGGGGUUGGAAAGGACCAAGUCAUUGUCACAAGACGGAAGAGGGCUCAUUAUUUCGGGUUACCUGAGAACAGAGAGUCUGCCACUGCGAUUGAGAGUAUCUCUGCGGGAGGGCGUGUGCUCCCAGCCUUUCUCAUUCUUUCGGGGCAGAUGCACAUGGCCAAGUGGUAUGGCGUGCCUGGUCUUGAUGAAAAUGCUGCCAUCAGGCCAACUCCUAGUGGCUAUUCAAACGAUGAGAUAAGUCUUGAGUGGCUUGAGCACUUCAAUAAGUGGUCAGCACAGAGCUGCCUUGGAAAGAAGCGCCUCCUUAUCUUGGAUGGUCACGGCUCCCACCAUACGAAGCAGUUUAUCCAGUACUGUGAUGAUCAUGAUAUCAUCCCCUUUGGUAUGCCCCCAAACCUUACUCAUAUCCUCCAACCUCUUGACGUCGCAGUCUUUCAACCACUGAAGCACUACCACGCAAAAGCACUGGAUAUCAUGGUUCGAGAUGGACUUGUCCAUAUUGGAAAGCUUGAGUUCCUGUCUUGCAUAGGCAAUGUGCGAGAUCAGGCAUUUAAAGAGAGUACAAUACGCUCGGCAUUUAAGAAAACUGGGAUCCAUCCCUUCAAUCCACAGGCAGUCCUCGAAAUCUUAGCCGCUCGGCAGCCCGAGGGUACCCCAUCUCCCCCCUUCAGUGGAUUACAGUCCUCACCAUUUAGCACUCCAGUAACACUUCGUCAAAUGAACAAGGUGGCUGAUAAGGUCACGAGAUUAAUCAGGGAAGAUGAGAAUCUUGACCCUGAUCUUCGCUACGAAAUGAGUCGCUUUAUCAGAGGAUCGCUGUCUUUAGCCACGGAGCUUAUGCAAACCAAGAGGGAUCUAGGGAGAACCAAAAUGGCUGAGCAUCUCGCGCAACAACGUAAGGCUUUGAAGAAUAGUCCAUUACAGUCAGGAGGGGUGUUAACAGUGGCGCAGGGUCGUGAGAUGGUGAGGCAGAGGGAGGAAGACCAACUGGCUAAGGCGAGGAGGAUGGUCGAGGCGGCAGAGUUGAAGGCGCUCAACGCCCGCAAACGUGUAUUUGAAGAAGCGGCAAAAGAAGCCCGUAAAUGGAGGGCCUCCGAAAGACUGGACAGAGCAGAAGUAGUGGACUCUGAAGGUGGUAGGCGGCUGUUGAAGCGAUUCUACUCCAACGAUCCAACGUCAAGCUUGAUGACAACGUCAGACACGUCACCUGCGACGUUGAAGCUCCAGCGCAGUAGGAACAUUGUUGUAGAGUGUGCGACCGCCUUCGCAGAGAUCAAAACUCCGGAAGACGCAUACAAUGCGAAUGUUGCAAACAAAAAGCACCAAAUAGCGGAACGUUUUCGAUGCCUUCGUGAGCUACUAGAAUCUGGACGAGAGUCUGGCGACGAAAAAGAGCUUCAAGAUGAUAUUGUGAGAUAUUCUGGCGAGUUGCAAGUCUUAAAAGAUCGCGGUCGUGCAGACGCAGAACACGAAUACGAGAUCCAGGUCGAGUCUGUAUUGCAAAGGUUAUCGGACGAGCUGAUUCCCACAAUAGGCCCUGCUGUCGUCAAAAGAUCGCUCCAAAAACUUCCCCUCGAGAAGCGGCAGCAGUAUCUGCCGGGCGAUGUGCUCGUAAGCGAUCAGACAACCGAUGCGGAACCAGAAUACGGACUAGCAUCCAAGGACCUGGACAGACCUCACAGGGACAGGCCGACAACGGUCGUACAAGGCGAUGUGCGCAAACGAAAACGAUACGCCUCCUCGAGCACAAAACAAUAUUCGACAAAGAAGCGCCAAAGCAAUUCUGACCCCCGAGCCGUUGACGAACAGGACAGGCCUAUGCGACGACAAGAUGUGUUUGACACCACGCUCCGGUCCUCUCGAGAACAGUGCGACGAAUUACCUGACCCUGACGGAGACAUAAACCAGCAGGAUAAUGCGGCCGCUUACUCUAUCAAUGGUAGUUUCUUUGACGCUGUUGGCAGCACUGCCACAGGCCAUCUGACGAGCAAUGUGACGCCUGCAGCAGGCACCCUGCCUUUUGCGGGACAUUCGAUAACUGCUCGCGAGGGCCACCAGGAUAAUACUGAAAACACCGUUGUUGUCUCUGUCAACGAUGCUGAUGGCAGCUUCAUCGGAAAUAUCGAGCCAGUUGGCCAGUGGGAUGACAAACGUGUCGAUACAAUCUUGCAAAAUGCCGUCUUGAGGCCAGUCAGAAUUCGACGAGGACGCCCUUUCGAUCAAAGCCAUUUAACUGCCAUUUCCAACCAGUCCGAUCCGGAAGGAGUCAAGGUCAUUUCCUGCAUGAUUCAGGCUACUGGAGAUGUCAUGGAUCAGCGUUGCCAAUACUGCGAGAAGAAUUGGGGCAUAUUUGAAGACUGUAUCAAACUCAAAGACAGGAGUUUCCGACGGUGUGGGAAUUGCGAAUGGAGUCGUAAAAGCUGUCGUGGCGCUUCCCUGCUCAAUGCGAAGCCAGUAACUGCCUCUCCGUCUGACGAGCAGUCACGAAGCGGUCAGAGUACCCAACAUGGCGGCAUGAACCGUUCUGGUACCCCAGGGCAGUCGACUGGGUCGUUACCAACCAUGGAUCUGUCCCAAAAUCGAGUCACGCGCAGGUCGCUCUCGGAUGUUAUUAGUAAUGCGUGUACCGGCCCUCAUGGAAUAACCAAAAAUGGCACUGUGGCUGAAACGUCAACAAUUUCACCGGCAGAGACGCUGCAUGAGGCGCAGGCUAUACAUCACCUGCAGCAGAUAACAUUUGAAGAUAAGAGCGCUCGUGAUGAGUUUUACACUGAAGGACUCUCUGACGCAGACUCGUAUACCGGAGAGGCGGUGACGAAGAACGAUUGGAGACUUCUCCAAGUCAAGACCCGAUUUUUUACAAGUGCCGAGUCGGUUACGCAGUACUGGAGUUGGGUGGAGGACAAACAAUAUUUUGAGCAUCAGGUUCUCACAGACACAAAUCCAGUAAAGUGGGGAUUGUUGCGAAAGCCUAUCGAUUUCGAUGUUCGGCUGAAGGAUAUUGCAGAAGUUAAAUACAGCGUAAAGUCAUUGCGCGUGCAUCUCAUCAUGAAGGACACUACCGUAGCCUCCACAGAAGGUGGAGCCCCAAGGGGAGAUGUUAUGGCUGUCUUCAAGAGAACGAGAACCGUGGAACGAUUUAUAAGAUUUCUCCGCAGUCGGAACUUCAGUACGGUCGAAGAGGCUCCGGAAUCGAUGGUUCGCAGGUGGGGAAGCAUGAAAUCCGAAGUUCUAUUGUCUGAUGAGGACGACGACACGAGCUAG